AUGGCGCACGAGUCUUUGCGUGUUCUCACUUUCAACGUUUGGGCCUUGAAAUGGAUAUCUAAGAACCGGGUUGAACGACUCCAGGCGAUUGCAGAGCUGCUGAAGGAUUCAGACUAUGAUAUCAUAUGCUUUCAGGAACUAUGGACGGGCUACGACUUGAUUAAAAGGACGCUAUGCCGCCAAUUUCCACACUCCAAAUAUUGGCGGACAGCAGUAGUGGGAAGUGGACUUGCUAUCUUCUCCAAAUUUACAAUCUUGUCCUCUCACGUCUAUCCGUACUCGCUCAAUGGUUCGCCAGCGGAAUUGGGCGGGGAUUGGUUCGCCGGCAAGGCGUGCGUGAGCACUCUGCUUUGGCAUCCAAUUCUAGGAGAGCUAGAAGUGUUUAAUACACAUUUUCAUGCAAAGGGCGGGGAGGAGGGACCUGAGCAUUGGAGAGCAGUACGCAUCUCCAAUGCCUGGGAAAUGUCGAAACUUAUUCGUGCGUCCGUUUUGGCAGGACGUCAUGUGAUAGCAACUGGCGACUUUAACUCCAAUCCAAACUCUGUUCCUAUGAAAAUCAUGCGACUCCACACGGGUCUCGUCGACGUAUGGGAAACUCUUAAUCCCUCAACACCCACGAGCCCAAUUGGGCCAAACUCGCGAGCCAAUGCGACUGCAGCGAUAGAACGACUUGGACUCACCGUAGACUCACCAAUGAACACGUGGUCUCAAGGAAAGCCUCUGGAUGCAUAUGCACGACGGUGGUUGGGCAAGCGACUCGAUUAUAUCCUCUUCUGGUCGCCACCAUCAUCCACCCGCCUAAAGGCCGAGGAUGUCAAAGUGGUGAUGACUGACCUGACACCUGGCCAUACAUUUUCGUUGUCUGACCACUUUGGACUGGAAGCGACAUUUGGAAUUGCCACCGAAGAUCCGGGUCAAACCUCUGUGACUGGUCAGCUGGACGCCAAUCGUCGCCUAUCGACGCACAGUAGAUUGUCAGAAGACGACCUUUUGACGGUGCUAGGCGCUCUUUCGUACGAGCAUCGCGAGGCGAAUAGGCGGUCCAGGCGAUUGAUUGUCUAUUUCGGUGCAUCCGUGGGCAUCUUGCUCUUUGUACUGAUUGGAUCUGGCUUUAUUCGCUCCGAGAAUCGCUGGCUGGCCCCUGUGGCCGCUGUUUUGGGUGCGGUGGCGGCCUGGGCUGGGACAACGUCGCUUUAUGUGGGGUUUGUAUGGGGAAAAUGGGAGACUGGAAUCCUGGAGAAUCUCAUGAACGAUGUGGAAGAGACGCUGUCCACUCAUCGAUUGCGGCACGCGACUUAG